UGGUGUAUUUCCAUGAAAUAUUUAUCCCAAUCAUUCAGCUCUUCCGUUCCGACGACACGCUGCGAGAAUUGCCCUGACUACCGAUUCAAUGAAGACGACGGCAAGUCGGCAACCAAGAAUUAGGUGCAUCGCCUUUUUGAUCUCAGGCCGCUAUAGAUCAGGGCUGCCGUCGACCGCCAUGGUUCCAACGAAACGUACUUCCGACAUGACCGUCGGCCACAUGCUAAUCCGUUUAUUUCUUACACCUCUCCUUUUCUCCGCGGUGUUUGGAGAUCAGAUUCCCGUGACAGAUCAGAGGAGCAACAUUGCAAGUGUUUCUAACAAAGUGGACGAUGAAGUAUUUGUUCAACUCGAAAAUGCUGCCAUUGAGCACUCAAAAGCUGUGGACUCUGCAGUAUUGGGGAAAUACAACUUGUGGAGGCGAGAAUAUGAUACCGAACAUACUGAUACUAAAGUAAAGUUCAUGCGAGAUCAAAUGAUCAUGGCAAGAAUUUAUAUGGUCCUAGCUAAGUCAAAGAGCAAGCUUGAUAUUUAUGAAGAGCUAUUGAAUCAGCUCAAGGAAAAUCAGCGUGUUGUAGGAAAGGCCAAUGCUGAUUCGGACCUUCCGAUAAGAGCCCCAGAGGCCAUUAAAGCAAUGAACCAAGUUUUGUCUAAAGCAAAAGGAGAGAUGUAUGACUGUAAUACAUUUAUUCGAAAGCUCCGGGGGAUGCUUCAAUCUGCAGAUGAACAGGUUAGGGGCUUGAAAAAACAAAGCACAUUCCUGAGUCAAUUGGCUGCAAAGACAAUUCCAAACGCCAUUCACUGCUUAUCAAUGCGACUGAGCAUAGACUAUUAUCUCCUCCCUCCAGAGCAAAGAAAGUUUCCUAAAAGUGAAAAUUUGGAAAACCCAAGUCUUUACCAUUAUGCUCUAUUCUCUGACAAUGUAUUGGCUGCUUCAGUUGUUGUGAACUCAACUCUAAUGAAUGCUAAGGAGCCUGAGAAACAUGUCUUUCAUCUGGUUACCGAUAAACUGAACUUUGGAGCUAUGAAUAUGUGGUUUCUAUUGAAUCCACCUCGGGAUGCAACCAUCCAUGUAGAGAAUGUGGACGAUUUUAAAUGGUUGAAUUCUACGUACUGCCCGGUCCUUCGUCAACUUGAGUCAGCAGCCAUGAAAGAAUACUAUUUCACGGCUGCUCAUCCUACAACCCUUUCAGCCGGUUCAUCUAAUUUGAAAUACCGUAAUCCAAAGUACCUUUCAAUGCUAAAUCAUUUAAGAUUUUAUCUACCACAAGUUUAUCCGAAGUUGAACAAAAUCUUGUUCCUUGAUGAUGAUAUCGUCGUCCAGAAGGAUUUAACACCUUUGUGGCAUGAAGAUCUUAAGGGAAAUGUAAAUGGUGCUGUCGAGACCUGUGGUGAGAGCUUCCACAGGUUCGAUAAGUAUCUCAAUUUCUCAAAUCCUCACAUUGCCCAGAAUUUUGAUUCAAAUGCAUGUGGAUGGGCCUAUGGUAUGAAUAUGUUUGAUCUUGACGAAUGGAAAAAGAAGGACAUAACCGGUAUCUAUCAUAAAUGGCAGACAUUGAACGAGGAUAGAGCCCUUUGGAAACUUGGAACACUGCCACCCGGCUUGUUGACAUUCUAUAAGCUUACACAUCCACUGAACAAAUCUUGGCAUGUUCUUGGUUUAGGUUACAAUCCCAGCAUUGAUCGUUCUGAGAUAGAAAAUGCUGCUGUCAUACAUUAUAAUGGUAACAUGAAGCCUUGGUUGGAGCUGGCAAUGACCAAAUACAGACCUUACUGGACCAGAUAUAUCAACUAUGAUCACUCUUACAUUCGAAACUGCAAGUUGAGAACAUAAUUGAAGCUGAACAAAGGCAUGAUUCCUCCCUACUCUCACUUUCUUCCUCUUCAUUUGCCUCACAAGAGAAUUUUUUACGCUGUGCCACCUUUUUUACAUCUCCAUUCUUUGCUAAUUUUUGCUAG